AUGAAGUUGACCAACAUUGGGCAUGUGGCCGAUAAAGUGGAUUCGGGUGCCACAGGUACUAAAAGAAAAGAAAAAGACGGUCAGAAAGACAAUGAUGGGGAUAAAGGAAGUAAGAGGGAAAGAAAAUUCCACAAGAAAUGGCUAGAUGAUUGGAAAUGGCUGGUCUAUGAUGGAUAUAUGAUGUUUUGUAAAGUUUGCAUCUCUUACGAGGAAUCGGGGAAAAGUCGGUCAAAAUAUCCAAUAAAUUUUGUGAAAGGUUCAAAUAACUUUAGAACUAGCGCUUUAUUAGAUCAUGAGAAGUCGACUUUUCACAAAGAUGCAACGGAUUUUGAGACCACGAAAACGAAUCCAAAGGAGGCACCAGCUAGAAGAUCUUUGUUAGCUCUCAAAGAGCACAAGCGGAAAACUUUGGAACUUUACUUUAGAAACAUCCAUGGUAUUGUUAAAAGUAAGAGACCGAUUAGUGAUUUUCUGUGGCUUAACAAGUUGGACAUUGCUAAGGGUAUCCUUGACAGUGGCGAGACGUACAAUAACUGUAAAGCAGCUACUUGUUUUAUGGAGAACAUUGCAGAAGUCGAACGAGAGGGUAUUUUAGAGUCAGUUAAAAAUGCAAAGUUUUUCAGCCUCACAAUGGAUGGAUCUACGGAUGAAGCUUCAAUAGAGCAGGAGACACUUUUUGUGAGAUACUGUGUUCAAGGUGACGUUUGUACAAAAUUUCUUACAAUUGGAGAGCCAGCCUCAACUUCUUCUGCUGACUUGUACACUUUUGUUACCACUAAUCUGAAGAAGCGUGAAUUGAAUAAGGGCAUCUCAUUGAUUGGUUUUGGAUGUGAUGGUGCAGCAAAUAUGAUGGGCAAAAAAGGAGGCCUGGUGACACUGCUGCAAAAGGAUUUUCCAGAACUGUUGGCCUGUCAUUGUUUGGCUCAUAGACUAGAACUUUCUUUUCGUGACAUGGUCAAGGGAGAUAAAAAGUAUGAGCGUCUGUCUACCCUACUCCUUGGUGAUGAAUGUAAAGGGCACACUUCCCCACAGAGUAUCAGGCAGUUGCUGGAUGCCACACAUGCAAAGAGCAUUAAAGUCGCUCUUUUCAAGUUUUCCUGGAUAUGUCUCUCAUCUGCAGAAUGA